AUGGUUCACUCUCAUCAUUCCCAUUCAGGCCAAUACGUGUCGCACGCCGUGGACAACUUGGAUGACAUUGUUUCCAGGGUAAAGGAUAUGAACUUUGAGGUGUUCUGCCUCACAGAACACGUUCCUCGAUACGAUAACAGAUUGAUGUAUCCCGAGGAGAUAGAUAAAGGAUACACCGUUGACUCGUUAGUCGAAAACUUUGAGAAGUAUUACACGCAUGCGCGAUCCAUCCAGAAGACCGUCAACACGGAUCGCUCUUCCAGGCUGAAGAUCUUGGUUGGUUUUGAGACAGAAGGAGGAAUAGACGAAUUCCAUCUAAAUAAAUGUCUGCAAUUCAAGCGGGAAUUGAGGCCCGACGUAAUUGUUGGAUCCGUUCAUCAUCUGAAGGGGAUUGAUCUGGACUUCAAUCGCGAAAAAUGGCUUGAGGCGAAAGGAGAUCUUACGUUGCAGGCGUUCUUCCUGACGUAUUUCAAGCAACACCAGGUAAUGGUGAAGACGCUCGAACCAGACAUCAUUGGACAUUUCGACCUGAUUCGUCUAUUUUCUCUCCCCGAUGACAAGUGUGAAGAUACUGGGAAACAACUCAAAGACAUCAACAUGGAAACAGACUGGCCCGAGGUCUGGAAGGUGAUUACAGAGACGGUAGAGUUAAUUGUCUCGCAAGGAGGUCUUGUCGAACUGAAUACUGCUGCAAUUCGCAAAGGCUGGACAACUACGUACCCGAGAGACGACCUGUUCCAACUGAUUCGCAAAAAAGGUGGCAGAUUCUGUCUUAGUGACGACUCUCAUGGAGUCAAACAGGUGGGCCUCAACUAUGAGAAGGCAUUGAAACACCUGCAGGAACUUGGCCUAGACAAGCUAUACUACUUGGAUUUGGACGUUUCUGGCACUCCCUUUAUUAAUAGUCGCACUCUGGAGGACAUCGCAGCUGACCCUUUCUGGAAUAAUUACACCUGA